UGGCAGUGCACCUUAAAGUCGUAUCCGCAGACCCAUCUCCAACGAAGAAGAAGAGCGCCUCUGUCUCCAGUCAGCAAGGAAAGGUGUCGUUUUCAAGACUGCAACAAACUGAUGUCCAGGAGAAACAAGAAAACAAUGGUUUAGAGGUAUCUAAAGAAGAUGGGGAAGAAUACAACCCAGAGCACGAUGCAUCAUCUUCAGGGAUCCAGGCAGAGAGAAAGGUGGAAGGAGACGGCUGGACUGACAAUGACCACUGAAGGGGAUCCCAGCCUCUCUGCCAAACUGCUGCAACUGGUGCUGCUGUCCACCUACUGGGGCAUGCAGAUCUGGUUUACCUGCAUAUCAAGCUUUGUGAUGGACAGCCACCUGAACAGACACACAUUUGGUUUGAUCCAGAGCAGACUGGUUCCGUUCUACCUUCACCUGGGCUCUCUCUGUGCCUUCCUCAACCUGACGCUGUUCGCUGUCUACCACCCUGCAGACCUGCUAGAUGACAGAGAGGCCUUCCAGAUUGGGGUAUACUUCCUGUGUGUGUCGGUAGCAGCGGUCAACGCCCAGUGGUUCGGUCAGAUGACAUCAGAGAUAAUGGAAGACAUGCAUCUAAUGGAGCAAGCACAAGGAUUGGGCCAGGACAUUGGUCUAUCUACCAAUAGGGAGGCUUACGCCAAGCUGUGUGAGACAGACGGUAGAUACAGGCGUCUGUCUGGUCAGCUGUGGCUUUACAGACUGUUGUCUUCGCUGUGUAACAUCUGCUGCAUUACCUGCAAUGCAUACAGCCUGUACUACCUAGCAGAGAACCUUACUUCACUAUAGCACAGUUACCAAAUCUGCAGUAUCUAUUGGCUGGGGAAAUAUGGAUGGUAAGUCCACGGGUGGCUGGAGUGAAUGGUAUCGACACAUUAAAAUCAUGGUUUCAUACUAUUCACAUUACUAUGAGCCGCCCUACCCUCACCAGCCUCCCGUAGUUAAGUCCAGCAACACUCAGGUUUGUUCUUUUUCAAGCCAUUUUAAUCUUCUACUAGAGAGAUGUAUUUUAUUAAACUAGAGGAGAGGCGGA